AUGGACGGGGGGGAGCUGUUGGAGCUCCAUUGCCCUAUUUGCUACGGCGAGCAGGGAGAAUCCGGAUAUUCGACGCUUGUUUGUGGCCACAUUUUUCACGAGAAGUGCCUGUCGCAAUCCCUUCGUUUAAGAAAGGAGUGCCCUAGCUGUCGGUGUCCCGCAAGGCCUCUCGACACAGGCCGCCGCGACGCCAACAGCCAGCCUAAAUGCCCCUGCAAGACCGGGCAGCCGCUCCGGCUGUUCCAUCUCCAGCGUCCACGCAGCGGCGCGGACGCCACAUCCACGCCUGGUCACCUCUCCGUUGGGGCCGUCGGAUCGGCGGUGGACAGUGCGAUUUUGGCAGCGGUGGAGCAGCGGGCUGCACAGCGUGAGUCCCGACUGCGAGAGGCCCUUCAGGAGGAGAGAGAGCGCGCUGCAACACUUGAAGCGCAGCUGGAGGCGCAGCUGGCAGAUAUCGCCAAGACGCAGGCAAGGGUUCGGUUCGGGGUUGGGGGCGUCUGCCUCGGCCCCAGUUUCAUGGUGUUGGGGCCGAUCGCGAUGGGUUGUACAGAGCAUAUGAAAGUACAGUCGGGUAUUGUGCCCGUAUUGCUCUUUGGAGGGGAGAAGGCGGAGCGGCGCAAACAGCGGCUGGCGGCCCAGGAGCGAGACCACAAGCUGGCCACAGCCCGGUUGUCGGAGGACAAGUCGCGGUUAGAGGCUCGGGAGCGGGAGCUGGCGGAGGAGCUCACUCGUGUACGGCAGGCGCUGCACGGCACGCGGAUGGAUUUGGAAAAGGCCCGUGCUGCGGUGUACGAGCGUGAUGACGCGGUUAUGCGGCUGAAGCGGGAGGUGGCCAUGCAGCGGGCGCGGGCGGGGGGUUCGGCGGCGCUGCAGCCCCGGGAGCUGGCUGAGCUGCUGGGGGAGAGGAAGGAAGAUUGGCAGGCCGUGUACUCGAUGAAGGUGGAGGAGCUGCGACGGGCCGGGGAGGUGGCGGCGGAGCUCCGGGCGGAGGUGACCCGUGCGAGGACGGAUGCGGACUCCGCGGUGGCGGCGGAGCGGCUGGCGGGCGCGGAGCGGGUCAAGGCUGUGGCCCAGGAGCGAGAUGACGCCAAGCGCGAGUUGAUGGAGCUGGAGCAGCAGCUGCGGGUGCAUGAGCUUGGUUGUGGGCCUGAAUCACGGCCUGGAGUCACGGACGUCCGGAGGAAUGGCACUUCGGCUGCUGGAGAAGAUGUUGGCGGCACUGCCGCUGUUGAUGAUAACGAUGAUGAUGACGGUGACGAGGGAGACCUGGAGGCUUUGGCCCUCGAGGCGAUUGGGUACUUCGGAAGCGAGGAAGAUGAGGAUGAUGAUGAUGACGGUUUGGAGGAAGUGGAGGGCAAGAAGGUGCGGAGGGCUGGAGGUGCGGAGGCCCGCGAUGCCGCACCGCACGGGCGCAGCGGUAGUGCUGCAGGUGACAGUGGCGCUGACGGCGGCGGUGGGGACAACCUGGCGGAUCAUAACACGCCGUACGACACAGUGACAGCGGGCGACGAAGCGCCGCCAAGCAAGCGACAGCGACACGACGGCGGCGGCAGCAGCAGUGACGGUGCUGCCGUACAGGAACACGGAAGUGGCGAGCUUAUUGACGACAGUGAACCGGUUCCGCUGCUGCCCCGUGCCUUCUCAGGGCUUUUCGCUGGGCCAAGCAGUGCUCGACCGGGCUCGAGGACAGUGCAGCAGCAGCAGCAGCAGCAGCAGCAAGGUGGUGGUGCUGCGCGGUGGAGUGGUGGGUGGCGUGGUGGGGCCUCAGGUGGCGGCAGCGGUAGCAGCCUCCUCGGAGAGGGGCCAGACGGCCGCGGGGGCACCAGCCGAUUUCCCCUCACCAGCAGCUUCGGGCACAACAACAGCACCAGGAAGGUGACUUCGGGGAAGACAGCUGGUCGUGGCGGUGGCGGUGGCGUUGUAGACGAGAAGGAGAAGGUUGUAACUGCUCGCACCCGACUAGGCACUACUUCGUGCACCUCCGGCCCGGAGCCCCGCGUGGUGCCGCUUGGAGGUGCCGAGGCCGCACGCCGCGCAGCAGUUCUGGCUGCACUUCGUAUCCACGCAGGCGCUGUGCAGGUUGAAGGUGGCCUUGUGGCAGCCGUCACGCAGGGGACACAUGCCCUUGACAAGGGUACACCUAAGAGUUUUUAG